AUGGAGGCUGCGUUGAAUGGUCUAGAGAAUACAGUCAAGCAGCAGACCACAAAAGAAGCAGUCUCACAGGCCAAAGAAGCCGUGAAAGCCUUGUCAGCCAGCGAAAACGUCUCACUUCCGUACGUUCGAGAGAAGUGCUUAGCUGCAUUUGAGCUCGCUUUCGACAAAGGAAAUGAUAAGGCUGCUCAUUACGCCGUUGAGGGAGUACAGGCUCUUUUGCGUGACCAGCGCUUUCACUCCAUCUCCAUCGAGAAUCCAAAUUAUAGUUUGCCCACACAGGUGCUCAGCGCUAUGACAGGAGUCGCACAAUGGAAUUGUCAGUUGCAGUGCCAUUGUUUGACGUUACUUGUGGAAAUGGUGUGUUCUGUGGAGCUGAGGGUUUCUUUACAAGAGGUUGAUGAAUGCUUGGAGCUCUGCAUGAGGGUAUUCGGCUGCACCCGUGAAGAGUCGGCAAGGGUCUCAGCGCGCGCAGCUGUAUCGCAGUCGAUUACCGCUUACUGCUGUAAUCGAUAUGCUGCUGGGGAAGAGUCGCAGAAUUUUCUGUCCGUAUAUUUGGAUGUGACAAAGUUACUGGAAAGUUACAUAGCCAAAUUGGAUCAGUUGACGGUGUCUGCUGAUCAAAGCGUUAUCGUAUUCGACGCGGUGAACGCCCUACUCUCCGCACAGCCACUAAGUGUUCAGAGACAUGCACCGUUGGUGAAUCUGUUGUGGGAGAAGCUCUGCCCUUUGAUGAUUAGACUGCUGGGGGUUCCCGACAAAAACGUUUCGGUCGCACAAACCAUAAGCGCUGAAGAACCUCUUGGACAAGGACAAAUGGGGAAAUUCACGUUAAGUCCAGCCGUUGUGGCAAACCCUGAGGCGACGAGAGUCCUGUACCAGAUUCUGGAGCAGCUGAUCCGCAUCAUGGCUGGAAUCCCCUCAGUGAAUUCCGUUUUGGAGGCUUUGUUUCAUAAAGCGUUCCUUUUCCCAAAGAUUGAGCAGAGAACUGAAGCUAUAAAGAUAAUCAAGAAAAUUUUGUCGGAUCGUCGUCGGCUGAACGAUAUUGUUUGUUCGUGCGUCCGUUCCCGUUCGUUGUCUCUAUGGCGGAUGAUGAUCGUCUGCAUGGCCGAAUGCGCCCACCCUCAAUACGAGAUUGCUAUUGAGGCUACACGAGCAUGUGGCUCGAUGUUGCAAGGGAUCCUUGACUUUUGCGAAUCUCCUGGCAUUCUUGAUGAAGAAAUACGGUGGAAAAUAAAAGAGAUGUUUCCAACAUUGGAAGCUGUGAAUCCACUUAGUAAGUUCAUUACACCAAAGUUUUUUCUAAAACAAACAAAACCUAAUUGUCGUUUGUUUUACGGUUUUACGACUCGAUCUGACGUUGGCCAGUGCAGCCCUCGACCUUCGGCGGAACAUGUAGAGAAAGAAGACUGUAUUGCUGGAACAGACGACGGAGAUGAUAUGGAUCAGACAUUGAGGAAAUUGUCUCGUAAGUUCGGCCUCCAAAGUAUGAGUGAAGAAGAGGUGGCUGCUAUGCCUAUCGCACAGCGAAGGAAGACCGACUACGAUGAAACGACAGAAAAAAUCACCGCUCAAAAGUUUGUCGACUCCUUGGUCGAUCACAUUGCGGAGUGGACCUCAUUCAAGUCGACGCUUGAACUAGACGAGGCAAUCCUGGAAUUCUCUUCAGGAUUCUAUAACGAUUUUUCGGCGGUGCACAAUGAAGCGUUCAAAUCGAAAUCGAAGAUCCAACAGGAAUUCCUGAACACGGACGCAAUUUACAUAACGGCUUACUCAACCCUUUGCCUCGCGUACCGCGGUGAGGAAGCGGUUUCCUGGGCUGCCUUUCGGGAUCGUGUACUCAAGUCUGGAUGCAUUGUGUACGUGAGCGAAAGCUGGCUGCAUAAGGUGUACGACCACGCGAUCACUGCGACCUUUGGUGAAAUAUCUGGAGCACUUCUCGGUGUUGUGCAAGACUUCGAUGGAGUUGAUUGUCGAAUUCUGACCGAUGUCGAACGUCUACAGAAGAUAUCGCAAGGAAAGCCUCCUGUCAAAGCGUUGGAAGAGAGAAUAGCGGCUCGCUGGCUGAUCUCUUCAGCGUGGGCCUCGAUCGUUCAUGUUUUCUCAACUUUUGUUGGAAUUAAAGAGCGCCAUAGAGCCCGUCAGAAAAUACAGGAUGGUGUGGAGUAUUCGAUUAAAGGGAUGCACCUGCUAGUAGCUGUGGCUGUGGAACUAGAACUCGGUGAUCGUUGCGGUUGGAUCUUCGAGAACCUCGUCGAAUUCUCUUGUGACGUAGAUGAACUGAGAACACUUGCCAGCUCUGAGGAACAGAAACGUGUUCGUGUACUCUCCCGGGAGGACCUGCUCAGUAUCCAACUCGUGCUCGACAAUGCACUAGUCUCCAUUUAUGCUCCGGAAUGUUGGAAGCAUGUGAUACGGUGUAGCGAGUAUGUGUUGGAACUAGAGAAAUUCAUUUAUGGUGCUUUGUGCUACGAAAAACCAUCACGAUUCAGCUUCGGAAAGAAAAAACAACCAGAGCAGCCUGAACAGAAGGAGGAGGAGGGGAUAUCUGCCGCGGAUCGCUCAGUGAACAGCGCUAUUGGAAAUGGAGAACUCGACAAGGACAGCUUAAGCAGAGUGUUAUGUAUACUGAUAGCCAAGGUCGACAGAUUCUACUCUAAGGUUGGCCACGAGUUAAAUCUUCGAUCCUUGCAAGAAAUAUGUACGGCUAUUACGAGCGCUAGUGAAAAUCGCAUCUUCUACUCCGGAAAAAAGGCUCCGGCUCUUACACCAGCGACAAACCUGCUAACAAGAAUAUCGGAAAUCUUAGCUCCCUUAGGGAACCGACCUCUUGUCCAUCAAAUGUUGCUGUGGCCGAUUGUCUGCGCUCACUUUGUUCAGGGCAUAACCUUAUUUUUUUAUGUUGCAUCAUGUCCGGACGAGUCUCGUAUCGGUGUUACUGCUUUGUCGGAUGCAAUUUCAUCUCUCAUUAUAGCCGAAUCCCAAGGGCUUUGCUUCAAUCAAAUGCUUAUUGCACCAUUUCAGGCAAUUGUUUGUUCCAAUACCUGUUCACCUGAAACUCGUCAACAAAUUGUUUCUGCACUCGCGGACUUCGUGAAGACGAAAUCAGAUAGGAUUGGAUCAGGAUGGAAGACAUUAUUUGGAACUCUUCGUGCUGUUCGCACAUCGGAAGUCGACGACGAUAGCGUUCAUUGGACUGUUCUGGAUGUGAUCGGAGCAUAUCUACGCAUCGACAAAUAUUCGGUGCUGUCGUGGUCCCUUCCCGAUUGCAUUCCUUGCAUUGUACACUUCCUGCAGUCGAGCCACUCAAAGACGACAACCUCGGAGAACGAAAAUCUUCCCGAGGGCUCAAUACCAGUUGAUGAUCAACUCAGUGAAGCCGCUCUACGUCUAGUAGCUCCAACCUACACCGUGAUCUUGAACUUGUUCAAAACGCCACACAUUCCCAAUCCUAACCUCCUCCACAGAGCAGAGUUGCGUGCUGAUUGCUUGGACGAGGUUGAAUGUGCAACGACUUCGUUCCCUCUGUCAGACUCUCUGGAUCCUGUGCAGUUUCCUCUCGCCGAUGGUGAUCCAUCUCCAUUGCAGUUGGAUGCCGACCUUGAAAUUACAAGGGGUGAUCUGCCUUGGAAAGAUCGCCCACCCUCAGAAGUUGCCUCACUUGAGCUACUGCUUUCUUUCGUGGAGCACCUGGCCGGUACUUUGGUAACAGCUCCUUCCUGCAUCCAGUCUCCUUUAUUACUAUCCAUUCAGCAACUCAUCAACACUAUUAAAGCCAGUGAAUUCGGGCUGUCAAUGGCAUGUUUUUGCCUAUCUAUUCUUCUCUUACCUCAUGUACAGAAAUGGAUAAAGAGGAGCGAAAGUGGGAAAGUAAACAACGGAAGAAGUGAUACGAACCUUAGACAGGCCGUUGGAAUCUGCACGCAAAUGGUCGUUGACAUCAUUGCACUGGAUCAAGAGGAUUGGCACAAUCGCCUACUGCUUGACAUUUGUCGACUCGCCAUCCACUGCACCGCGCAAGAAGGAGAUCUUCCACGAGUAGGGACAGCUUGCUUACGACAUGUUGCUGCAGCUGCCUCUCACUUCACAGAUCUCCAAUGGGUCAUCCUGGCGAAAUCGUUGUGGGACGCCACAGCAUCGACACUGUUGUCAAUUCGACUUCUCAAUUCUUUGUAUGUGAACGACUCCACAGACGAGAACAGCGACAUCGCUGAAAUUUUUGUGGAUACCAUUGAAGGAUUACCACUGACAGAGAGGAUCCUGGCUCAACAGGUGUUCAUGGUAGAUUCGCAGAAGCGAAAACUUUCAAAUGGCAUUUCUCAUGAGGAGUCUACGGGCUACGUGGAGUUAGUCAUUACGAUAGACGGAGAAAAGCAAAGGAUGUCUCUAUCGCACCUGAUUUCUUCACUGCUAGCACAUCAACUCGUUAUUCAGUUGAUUGGCUCUAUCCUGUGUCCUUGCAGUCGCCCUCCUGAAGGUUUGGAGAAGAUCCUUACCGGCGAUUGUUGUGGGCCAUGCAGUGUUCCCAGUAACGUGCGUAUUAUGAUGCACCACUGUUUAGAUGCUAGUUUUCAGGUUGCUCGAGAUUUCGACCGUCGCCAAGGUUUAUCGGCUGUUUUGGGUCGUGCUAUGGGUAUUCGUCGACCAAACUUGUACAAACAACUUGUUUCAUCCGCUUUGAUCAAAAUGCAUUCGUUCUUCAUCUGUGCAAUGGAACAGAAUCCGCCAGAUCUAUCCCGUCUAUGUGAUUGUCACUGCCAAAUGGUAGCCCUUCUACGAACAGCAGAGGUACAGAUUAGUGAGAAGAGAAUUGCAGCUGCAGCAAGAGAACAUAAAGAAGAAAAAUUCGAGUUCAUGUUGGUGGAGUGUGAUGGAGAAAAACUCUACAAACCAGUAUCUAAGGCAGAUAUUAACAAUGCGAUAUCAGAAUACCACAGGCAACGUCCAAUGGGCAUUCCGAGUAGGUCAGCAAACGAAAGGCCGAACCCUUUUAAUAACGUCACCAUGGAGGAAAAGGAUGGGUUGGAGCCAGACUACGAGACACUCUGCCUCCUUGCUUAUCGCCAAAUUUGUUUGGUCCCUAUCCAAACCAUAUUGGCAUUAGAUAACGCCGCACAACUAUUACCCCAAACCAUCAACUCUGUAAAAAGCCUCAUCCUAGCCACACCCGAUCUCACCAUUCGUCAACUGGCUGUGCGGAUUAUAGACCUAAUUUUGUCUUGA